AUGGCCAAGAACAAGUCCGCCGCGCACACUUCGUCGUCCCCUGCAAAGGAUACCACGCCCCAGAAGGCGGCUGAUGUCAAGGCAUCGCCUUCAAAGAAGGCGUCGACAGUGACCAAGCUUGCUAUUGAGCCCGGUUUCUUCGGGGAACAGAUUCACCCGCAUCAUAGCUUGGUGUGUGAAAACCCGACUGAAGACAUGGCGUUCCAGCUCGCUGGCGCAGCGUUGGCCGGUGAUGCCAUUGCAGGUCGCACGACGCUGUAUGCAUCGUCCGAACGUCGGGACUUAAAGAUUGCGUUGUGCACGUUGGACAUUGCGUCGGCUUCGCAGUGGACGUUGAGCCACACUUUCUCGCCAAUGGACGGCGCCGUCACAUUUUCGACGGAAGGAGUGAACGCGAUCCACUUGACUGGGUAUGUGGAUGCAGAAAUGGACGAAGACGUCGACGAAGACGACGAAGGAUUGUACGGCAUUGGCGGCGACGACGACGACGACAGCGAUGACGAACACGACCUCCUCGAAGUCGUUGACGAAGAAGAUGACGACGACGAUGAUGAUGGUGAUGAAAUCCCCGACUCGGGUCGAUUUGAAGAGAUUGUAGACGAAGAAGAGCCGGCCAAGGAAGAGAAGAAGGUCGACAAGAAGCGACCUGUGGAUGCUGCCGCCCGUGAGGAAGGCUCGAAAAAGGCCAAGCCAACGCCCGUGCGCAAGGCAGGUGGCGUCACUGUCGAAGACAGUGUCAUCGGGACGGGCAAAGAAGCCUUGAAGGGCCGCAAGGUGCAAAUACUCUACAAAGGCAAGCUCGCCAAGAACAACAAACAGUUCGAUGCCAACCAAGACCGCAAGAGACCGUUCAGGUUCAAGUUAGGCUCGGGCAACGUCAUCAAGGGCAUGGACAUUGGCGUCGAAGGCAUGCGUGUGGGCGGGAAGCGGACGAUCACGAUUCCGUCCAAGCUCGGGUACGGCUCGGAAGGCGCCGGCAAGGACAUUCCCCCAAACUCGGACCUCAUUUUUGAAAUCGAACUCCUCCAUGCGCAAAUUGUGCAACGCAAUGUCGCCGCGGCGUUUCCGUCGAUGAGCGUAGCCAAGCGAAAGCGCCUUGUCCGUGAAACCUACGAAAACACUUGCGUCUCCUUGCUUUGGUUUUUGCAUCUUCAAGCGUUCGGACGAUGGAGGCACAUGGAGCGCUAUAUCGACCUCGCGUUUCCACCAGCAUACGUGGCCGAUCUGAGCGAAGGGUCCGUGAUUGUCGUGACCGGUCAUAUCGGCUGCUGGGAACUGCUACCGUGUGUGCAUGCGCCACCGCAUCUGCACGUUCGCCGCGUCGUCGAGCUCUAUCGCCCGCUGCACAACGAGCCGUUGAACGCAUGGCUGACUCGUCUCCGAAGCUAUCCCCACACUCGUUUGCUUCCAGAUAAAAAUUGCCUUCCUGCUCUGGCAAAUGUCUUGGCGCCGCGCGCUUCCGAUCCCGACUCCAGCGCUCUCAACGACACUCGGCAUGCUGCACCACCCGCUUCCGACGUUGUCGCCCUCGUUUGCGACCAACGGCCCAGUCGAAGUGGUGUCGACGUGUGGUUUGUUGGCCAGCCCUCGCGGAUGGCUCCUGGGAUGGCCGUCCUGCACCAGCGCACGCGGCGUCCUAUUUGGUUCACUGCGUUAACGUUGGCGCCUCCAAAUCACGCCAAGCCGUUGAUCCUGCACACGCUGCCGAUUCAUCGCGACGCGAUUUCUGCAGAGCGGCAGCAGCCAUCGGUGCAAGCCAUCAUGCAAGUGUAUGCCACGACCUUGUCGUCCCUCAUCAUGGCCUUCCCAGCUCAGUACAUGUGGUUCCAUGACCGCUGGAACACUCGUCGGCAUCCAUAA